AUGCCGAUGGGCUUUGUAACCCACAUGCUUCUACCAUGUAGGAUACCGCUUUGUGCUGGAGCUGUCGUGGCACUUGCAAGCGGCACCGUUCUGUGCAGCACUCCUGGCGACACAACAAGUUAUGCGUCAUGGCUCCUGUGGGUCACAGCUAGUCUUCUGUCCUAUUUCCUUGGUCGCUACGCUUCAAUGAUCACGGGCUUCAACGCCAGAGUGGUGCAGUUGUUCACCACAAGUUCGGUGACAGACAGCAGUGCUUGCGAUGGUGGGCAGCAGUCCAACCCUGCAGCUACCACUCAGGACGGUUGUCGCCCGAGGAAGAAGGAUCAUGCCGUAUCCGAGUAUCCCAUGGGACAGGAGCAACAUCGAAUUGCAUAUGGUAUGCGUCUCAUGGAAUGCGUGCAGGCGCAGUCUGUGUCGUACAACGCCCGAACAGUUCGUAAAGUGAUGAUUACUUGCAACAGACUCGAAGACGGGGCCACAGCCGUGAAAUUAUUUGAUCUGAUGUUGGAUAGGGGUGCUGUUUCAAAUGCACAUGCUAUUGCCAAGCCUGUGUCCGACAAAUUCUUCAAUCUCGUCGUCUGCACCCUCAAUGACAAACGCAUUCGGGAAGACGGGCCGCGACUUAUUGAUUUAAUACAAGCUCAUGGGCUUUCACCGCCGGCUACCACCCAGAAUCGUUUGUUGCUUGCAUUUGGCAAUAUCCUUCCUGAGAGCAUAUUGCGGUGCUUUGUUACGAUGUUGAACGGUGGUGGUAUUCUCAGCAUCUGGGCAUACCGCUACAUCGUGGUGGCCCACCAGUGGUCGGAUCCAGCAUUCGCGUUAAAGGUCUUCGACGAGAUGGAGGAGCUGGGAUAUAAAGCCGACAGGGCGGCGUACAAUGCAAUCUUGGUUGCUUGCUGUCAGCUUGGUAUGCACGAAAUAGCUCAGCAGUUGUUCAUGCAGAUGGCAGACCGUGCGCUGAAACCCAAUGCAAAGUCUUAUUCUACCAUGGUCAAAUCGUACUUAUUCAACAACGAACCCGAGAAAGCUCUCGCACUUUUCGCGACGAUGCGGGGCAAGUGCUUCAAGCCUGACCGCUUUGCCUACCACCAUGCGAUCCUCUCCUGCAUCGCGCUCGAGCGCAUUCAGUACGGCGUUGAAUUGUACGAGGACGCGGUUACGGCAAAUAUAGCCCUCUGCGCUUACACGUACGUCGCUCUGACGUCAGCGUGCCAGGAGUUUGGUCGUCAUGAGUUGGUUGACAAGAUCAUGGCAGACAUGGCGCGCGCGCAAGCAUCAGAUGUCGAACAGGGGCCUGCCUCGCGCGCAUUGCGAGGUUGA